GCGGCGGCGGCAGCGCGCACCGGCCGCGCGGGCGCGCACGGGGCCGCGCGCGCACGCCCCCGCCGUGCGCACGCCCGCGGCAGGCCCCGCGCGCGCGGCAGCGACUCGCAGGCGCCAUGGCGGCCGCUCGCUGCAGCGACAUGGCGGAGCCCCAGCGGCCCCUUCCCGGGCAGGCGGCGCCCGCCGAGGAGGAGGAGGAGGCGGAGGUGGCGGCGGAGGUGGCGGCCGCCGGUGGGGCUGGAUCCUCCUCGUUGUCGCCGCCGCCGCCGCCGCCUUCGUCCUCGGCCGCGGCGGAGCCGGAGCCGCUGCUGCUGCUGAACGGCGAGGCGGAGAGCAUGUCGGAGCCGAGCCCGGAGAGCGCCAGCCAGGCCGGGGACGGGGAGGACGAGGAUGAGGAGGAGGAAGAGGAGGAGGAGGGCGGCGAGGAGGAGGAGAGCAGCCUGGUGGGCAGCAGCAGCAGCAGCACGAGCAGCGGCUGCUGCAGCGACGAGACCCGCUCGCCGAGCCCCGGCGGCGGCAGCGAGGCCGACGCCAAGGAGGAGCCCAAGGGCCCCCGGGGCAGCCAGGAGGACGGGCCGGGCCGCGGCGGCGGCGGGGGCGGCAGCAGCUCCAGCAGCGUGUCCAGCGGCGGCGACGAGGGAUACGGCACCGGCCCCGGCACGGGCGGCGGCAGCAGCUGCGGCAGCGCCACGUCGGGGGGCCGGCGGGGCAGCCUGGAGAUGUCCUCGGACGGGGAGCCCCUGAGCCGCAUGGACUCGGAGGACAGCAUAAGCAGCACUAUCAUGGAUGUAGACAGCACAAUUUCCAGUGGGCGUUCCACGCCAGUGAUGAUGAAUGGCCAGGGAGUUGCUGCCUCCUCUGCCAAGAGCAUUGCCUAUAACUGCUGCUGGGAUCACUGCCACGCCUGCUUCAGCUCCAGCCCGGACCUGGCCGAUCACAUUCGCUCCAUACACGUGGAUGGGCAGCGAGGAGGGGUGUUUGUUUGCUUGUGGAAAGGUUGCAAAGUAUAUAAUACACCUUCAACAAGUCAAAGUUGGUUGCAGAGGCAUAUGCUGACACACAGUGGGGACAAACCUUUCAAGUGUGUAGUUGGUGGGUGCAAUGCCAGCUUUGCAUCUCAGGGAGGACUUGCCCGUCAUGUGCCCACACACUUCAGCCAGCAGAACUCUUCUAAAGUUGCCAGCCAGCCAAAGGCCAAAGAGGAAUCUCCAUCUAAAGCUGGAAUGAAUAAAAGAAGAAAAUUGAAGAACAAGAGACGGCGAUCACUACCAAGACCUCAUGACUUCUUUGAUGCACAAACACUGGAUGCUAUAAGACAUCGAGCCAUCUGCUUUAACCUCUCAGCACAUAUAGAAAGUUUAGGAAAAGGCCACAGUGUUGUAUUUCAUAGUACUGUAAUAGCUAAAAGAAAAGAAGAUUCUGGCAAAAUAAAACUCUUGCUUCAUUGGACACCAGAGGACAUUCUGCCUGAUGUGUGGGUAAAUGAAAGUGAACGACAUCAGUUAAAAACUAAAGUAGUUCAUUUAUCAAAACUACCAAAAGAUACUGCCUUGCUUCUGGACCCAAACAUUUACAGAACAAUGCCCCAGAAGAGGUUGAAGAGGAGAACUGUUAACAAGCUAUUGGGCUUCCUGUCAGUGUUAACUGAACCUAACACAUGCCAGACAAUAGAACAGCUACCAAGGGAUGAUCCUGUUGCCCUUUGAGUAUGGUGGAUAGUAAUCAUUCGUCAUUUGUGAUCUUGUGUCCUUUUGCAGCUCCCUAAAAUAUGUUGGAUUAUGGUGUUGAAACAAAUGUUGAUGGAAUGCUUGUCUUUUCCAGUCAACUCUGAAUACAUAUAGUAAGGUGGCAGGAUGUUCAGAGUGUUGCAGUCUGUCUGACCCCUUUGCAGGAGUAGUGUAGUGUGUUCAUCAGGUCUGCUUUGGUGUGAUCUGUAGCAGUGGAGGGGUUUGGGAAACCUCAGUGUAAGCAGUCAGUGUUACUGGUGAUUUAUUUUGCUUUUUUGACCCUCUAGGAUCCCCAUUCACUUGUAAAGUAUACUUUAUUUGGCCUAAUGUUUUCUAGAUGUAAAGAAAAUGGUAUUUUUUAAAAAAAAAAUUAAUCUAGAAAUUCAAUCCUUUAUGCACCAAAGUUGGCUUUGAAAAGGAAAGUAAAAUCAUUUUCUUGCUUAAUAAGCAAGGAGCCGUGGAUUUUUUUUAACUGACAAAUAGAGAUGCGUCUAACCUGUUAGUCUUUGUAUGGAGACAAAAAUGUUGCAUAUAGAUAAUAGGACAUUGCUUGUAAAUAUUUCAGCAGAUUUGUAAUAUAUUUUUAUAUUAUGAAAUGUACUGUAGAUGUUUUUCUAGAGGCAUGAAAGUUAAAAUGUAUAUAUUACGGUAGAAAUAAUAUUGAAGGAUAUUGUAAUUCACUAGUGCUGCCAGAAGAAUUGUUUAAAAAAAGCACCUUCCUUAACAGUAAAAAAACCUUCUUUUACAUACCUAAGGGACUAUAUACUACUGUUAGUAUCUGUUGUAAGAACAAAAAUACAUUGAACAUCCUUCCCAGAAAUCUUAGAGGGAUGAAUAGUACCCAUAAUUAAUUCAUGGCACUCCUUUCUAAUAGUGAACACAAAAUUAGUUUUUUCCUCGCUGUCGGAAGGAACUAAUAUGUAAAAUUUGUAUGGAUAUAUGCAGUCAAACUGCAGAGUUAGUCCUCCUUAUUGGGGAGGAAUUUACUACAGUGAAACUAAUAACCAGCAGUUUUUACACUAAAUUUUUAUUAAAUAGAUUAAGACUUAAAGUAACCCUUUGGUUGCAGAAGUGAGCAUAUCCUAAUGUAAUACAAAUGCGUUCUGCAUUGGUACUGACACGAGUCUUGCUUAGCUCCAGUGGGUUAAAAAUGUUACUUAUAUACACAAAAAAAUAAUCUUAUCAAGGAUAUGAAGUGCAGAUUAAAAGCACCACUAAUAUAAGAUGUUCUGGAAUGGUUGUUUAAUAAGGGUAUUAUUCAUAAAAUCUGUAGUGAUGUGACUUUAUUUUUGGAAGAAAUGCAGUGUUUUGUUUUUUUUUUUUUUUUUUUUUUGCUUGAGCACUUCACCUACUGCUUUUUCUGUACCUAUAAAGUAAUCCAUAAUCUUUGUUUCUUUUUUUUUUUAAUUUGUUAUAAAAUUGCCAAAUAGAAGUGUUUCAGAUAUAGUUUGUAUUUGUAUUUUUUUAAUUUUAUUGCUUCAUGAGUUUCUUGUAAGUCAUUUAUAAUUGACAGAUGAUUGUAGACCUUGCCUGAGUAUUUUUUCUAAUAAAACAAAGCAAACAAACCUCAUAAG